UUCUAUAAAUUCCUCCACUGACCUUUCAAUCUCAAAGAACAUCUCAUAAACGGAAAUCAAAGAUGUGUGUAGUCAAAGAGCUUUCCAUUUUUGUUCUCUUUGUUUUGAUUUUUGGAAAUGUAAUUCAAGCCCAAAAUUCACCUUCUCCAUCUCCUAAAUCCACUCCAACCACAGCUGCUCCCUCCAAAUCUCCUUCAUCAUCGCCUCCUGCGAGUUCUCCAACAACAGCAUCGCCUCCUGCGAGUUCUCCAACAACAUCAUCGCCUCCCGCGAGUUCUCCAAAAACAUCAUCGCCGCCUGCAAAAUCUCCGACUACUACUCCUCCUCCACAUAUCCAACCACCGGCUGCGACUCCGCCUUCUUCUUCUAGCCCAUCGAUUUCUCCCCCAACUGCUUCUCCUCCGGCGUCGACUCCUUCAAGUUCUCCACUUUCAUUGACUCCAACUAGUUCACCUCCAUCAAUGACACCGGCCGGGGCUCCACCUGUUUCGGCUGAUAUUCCUUCGAGUUCAACGACGCCGGCGGAAAGUCCCCGGAUUUUCCCGUCGAGCAGUAGCCCAUCGAGUCCUACUCCAAUCGGUUCGUCCCCUGAGAGUGCAGCGGGUCCGGCUGCUAAUGAUGAUUCGGGUUCAAGAUCCGGAUACGAAGUCGGGUUCGUUCUAAGCUUUGGUUUGGUUUUUGGGGCCGCAUUGGCUAUUUAGAUUUUGAUAUUUUUUGGAUAGUAAUUUUUUUGAAAUUUUUAUUUUCUAAGCAGCACUUCAUUUUAUUAUUUUGGAUUUUAAUUUCUUGUAUAAAGUGAAAGUAAAUAAAGUAAGGUAGGAUCUUCAUUAUUUUUAUAAAAA